AUGUAUCAGCCUUCUUUAUUACCUACACCACCUCCCAUUGCUCCUACUAAUUUUGCAUCGCCUCAAUUACAAUCACAGCAACAAAAGUUGCCUCAGCAGCAUCAUUAUCAUUACCAUCAUCAGCAGCCACAACAAAGGAAUACAAAGGGGCAUAAUAAUCAGCAUUAUAAUAGAAACAAUAGUAAUAGUAAUAAUAGCAAUAAUACACGUAAUAGAAACAUUAAUCAGAGCCAUCAUCAUUAUAAUCAUCAUCCUUCUCAGCAGCAACACCAGCAACAGCAUCAUCAGGAUAAAUAUGCAAAUGCUUCAUUAGAAGAUUACAUUGGCAAAUUAUACACUCUCUGCAAAGAUCAAAAUGGCUGUCGAUUUCUUCAAAAGAAAAUCGACGAAAACCAAGAAGAGAACAUGGUGCCGAUUUUUAAAGAAAUUCUUCCUCAUUUCGUGGAACUUAUGACCGAUCCUUUCGGCAACUACCUUUGUCAAAAAAUGCUCGAAAAAUGCAAUGGAGCUCAGCGCACCGAGAUUAUUAAAGUCGUCGCUCCGGAUCUUGUCAAUAUUGCUUUGAACAUGCAUGGAACACGAGCUGUUCAAAAGCUCAUUGACUACCUCACCACACCCGAACAAACUCAACUGGUCACUUUGUCUUUACGGCCUCAUGUUGUUACUCUCAUCAAAGAUUUGAACGGCAAUCAUGUUAUUCAGAAAUGCCUGUUUAAAUUGCCGGCUGAACGCAACCAGUUUAUUUAUGAUAUUGUGUGCGACAACUGCAUUGAAGUGGCGUCCCAUAAACAUGGUUGUUGUGUGUUGCAGCGAUGCUUUGAUUAUGCUACGGAGAAACAGAAGGAUCAGUUAGUCGAAGAAAUUGCUCGACACGCUUUACCUCUUGUACAGAAUCCCUUUGGCAAUUAUGUCGUACAAUACGUGCUAGAGUUAGGUGUGACCAAGUAUUCGGAGAGCGUGAUAAGGAGAUUUGUCAACCAUGUUUGUAUUCUAUCUGUACAAAAGUUUAGCUCAAAUGUCAUUGAAAAUUGUAUUCGUACAGCCGAGCCUGAAACACGUCGUUUACUCAUUGCGGAAUUGAUGGAUGAAAAGGUCAUGGAGAAGUUACUACACGACUCAUUUGGUAAUUACGUCGUACAAACCUCUUUGGAUUUCGCAGAGGAGGACCAGCGCGCCCAAUUAGUUGAAUGUAUACACCCUCUAUUACCUACAAUUCGCACUACACCUUAUGGCAAACGUAUUCAAAGCAAGAUUGUUCGUGAUACGACCAGUACUACAUCAAUUAGUGCAAAUGCGAGCAGUGUUAGCAGUGGCAGCAUUCCCGUCACUCCCUCCAUGACACCCGCUGAACCCACCGUCGACAAUAACAAUAGUAAUUAG